UUUUCCAGGCUUUGACUAUCACUGUUGAUAAGACUGUUGAAGCCACAGUUCUGCAUUUGAACUCGAAGACUACCUCCAUUUAAAACAAUGCCACGCACACCAUCUCACGUGUGGAUACAUUUCAUCUCAGCCAAUCUGAAAGGAAAGACUGUGUACAGUUGCAAAUACUGUGCAAAGACCUAUGUUAAGAAUGCCACAAAGAUGCAGCAGCAUAUAGCCAAGUGCCCAAAGUUUUCCCAGAGCUCAAAACAAGCAACGCCAGAAAAGAGUUCAUCUGCUUCAUCCAUUCGAUGUGGAAAUGAUUCAGAUUCAGACACCCUCUCGUCAGCUCCCGCUCACUCUGGAAUCGGAGGAUUGUUCGACUCAAUGGAUGAAUGGAGCCAGAGACAUGCUGAUGAAUGCUUCGCCCGAGCAAUGUAUGCAACUGGCUCACCUCUGACGCUCACAUCCAAUGUCUAUUGGAAGAGAUUCCUGAAUGUCCUCCGCCCCGCAUACACACCUUCCACCAGUCAUGCUUUAUCUACUCAUUUGCUAGAUGGAGAGUUCAACAGAGUGCAAGCAAAGGUCAAGCAAACCAUAGACAAAGCAGACUGCAUUUGCGUCAUCUCUUAUGGGUGGUCGAAUGUCCGGGGACAAGGAGUCAUCACCUACAUUGUCACCACCCCUCAACCAGUACUCUAUAAGAGCACAGACACAAAGCACAACAGACACACAGGAUCCUACAUUGCUGAUGAGCUGAAAGCAGUCAUCAAUGAUCUUGGACCUGAGAAGGUUUGUGCACUUGUAACUGACGAUGCUGCAAACAUGAAGGUUGCUUGGGCACACGUGCAGGAGACCUACCCUCACAUAACAACAAUUGGCUGUGCUGCCCAUGCGCUUAAUCGUCUCCUUAAGGACAUCAUGGCACUGAAUACAAUGAACAUAGUGUACAAGACAGCGAAGCAAGUCGUGAAAUAUGUGAAGGGCAAACAGCUAGCUUCAGCAAUCUACCUCUCUAAGCAAAAAGAAAAAAACAAGAAUGGCAGACUGAAGCUCCCCAGCAUCACUCGGGGAUGGGCUGGGGUCGUCAUCAUGUACCACAGUCUGCUAGAGGGGAAGGAGUCUUUGCAAGAGAUGGCUAUAUCCCAGAGUGCAGCAAUUGAAAGUGCCAUCAAGAGAAUCCUGUUAGAUGAUGUGUUCUGGGAAAGAGUGACUGGCAGCCUGAGAAUCCUCAAACCAAUAGCAGCAGCAAUUGCCAAGAUAGAAGGGGAUGCUGCCCUCUUGUCAGAUGUUAAAUAUCUGUUUGCCGAGCUUAAAGAUGAAAUGCAAGCUGUCCUGCCUGCCUCCCUGCUGCUGCAAGCAGAGGAAACUGCAGUGGUCAAGUCCCUGGAGAAGCACCAAGAGUUCUGCAUGAAACCAAUACAUGCAGCAGCUUACAUGCUGGACCCAAAGUAUGACAAAAGCAUACUCUCAGCUGAAGAGAUCCGCAGUGCUUACUCUGUUAUUAAUGCCAUGUCUCACCGUCUUGGGCUUGAUGAAGGCAAAGUUCUCGGUAGUCUAGCAAAGUACCGUACCAAGCAAGGCCUUUGGGAGUGGGAUGGGAUAUGGCAGUCGUGCCAGCACAUAUCUGCAUCUACCUGGUGGAAAGGACUUUGUGGAUUUGAGGCCCUUGCACCUGUAGCGUCUAUCAUCCUUCAGAUCCCACCAAGAUCAGCCGCCUCUGAGCGCAAGUGGUCCCUGUUUGGGAACACACACACAAAGGUUCGCAACAGGCUCAUGAAUGCAAGUGAGGAGAAACUGGUGGCAGUCCGGGCAAACCUACGACUCUUUGAGCCUGAAACAGAGCCGUCCUGGACAAGGCUGGACAGUGACACCGAAGAUGAAGACGAGUCAGACAUGAAGGAUGUUGAUGAGGUCCAGGAAGAAGAGAAAGUACUUUCAUUUCAAUUUUGAAUGGGACUUUUUGGGGUGGGGGUGGGGGGGGGGGGGCAAUGCUUUUGUUUUAAAGCAAACAUGAGGAAAUAUGUUUUUUUUUUUUUCAUUCAACAUUUAUGGCUUUUGUGUUGCUUAAUGAAAGAAUGAAUUAAAGUUCUAAUUACAAUUAAAUCAAAGUCAAAAAUGUAAUUUGUGCAUUAGUUUGCUUGCAUUUCAGCUUAUGUUUGUUUGUAUAUAGACUAUAAAUAAAUUUCCCAAAUUUUCUAAAUAAUUCAGAUAAAUUCCUGUAAAGUGUCCAACUUGAAAUAUUUCCAAAAUUCCCAAGAUGAAGUUCCCAUGGAAUUUUAUGGGAAAUUGUCUGCCCUUUUGCAGCCCUAGUCAUAAACGUUGAUGGUUUUUGCUCAGGAGCUGUAUGUGGCCUUCAGCAGCAUCUCAGACCUGAGUCCAGUCAGUUUAGGACAGGACACUUUCACUGGAAGGAAACCCUGUGUGCACCCAUCCUUCUCCAGGAGCCUCAGAGGAACAUGAAGGGUUAACGAACAGAGCAUUAGAGCGAUGAGGCUCAGCUUCUCUGUGCUCGAGCAGACUAACAGUCCAGACAGAUAAGAAUGUCUCCAUGCAGCCCAUUAUAUCACAAGGACUUGUUUUUGAGCACUUAAAUGUAAUGCUGCCCCACCUCAUCCAUUACACAAAUGACACAAUAAUGCAUUUGACAGAGAACUGAAAUGGACAAGAGAAAUGAUUGAUAUGAAGGUUGGUGCUAGUGUAUUUCCAGCUAACAAAAAUGCUCAUUUAGAACCAAACCACAUAAAGAACAUUUAGCUAGCAUCCCAUUGAGAUAUGGAAACAUUACUUUAAAACAUUUUUUUCUGAAUAUUCAAAACCAUCCAGUUUUUAUGUAUUUAGUUUAUUUUUUGGCCUUUUCCAGUGUUAAAGAAAUUUUUUAAAAAAAAGUUAAAUUUUAUAAUUUUGCGCACAAUAUGGGGACAUUUCUAUUAAAUGUUUUCUGAACGUUCUGAAGCGAUUGAGUUGGCUUGAAAA